AUGGGUGACAAGGAUAAGAAAAAGGCGAAAAUGUAAGUCUUGUUUGAUGUGAAGCAGGUUAUUACUGUCUUUCAAGUCUUAUUUUUCGACUGGUUAUUACCACAGUAAAGUUUGGACUAUUCUGAUCUAUUUUUAAGGUUAGAAUUAACGUUUUAAACCUUUUUAUAUUGUUAUAAAGCCAAAUGAUAAUCUUUUAAUGGCUAAUCAUGGAUAAAGUUAAAUUUAUCGUUCUAUUUCAGCUCGACAAAUAAAAAGAAAGAAGGAGCAGUAAAUCAAGAUGGUAAAUCGAAAAUGGUAAAGCCAAAAGAAACUGGAAAAUCAAAAAUGGUGAAGCCAAAGGAAGAGAAAGAGGAUGUGGUGAGUGCAUGGAUAAUAUCGGCCAUUUUUCUUUGAUUUCGCUAAAGUUUUGUAUAGAUAUAAAGGAAAAAAAUUUUAGUAUUGGAAGUGGAAAACUUUCUGAAUAAAAUACGAAAAAAUUUUGGAAGAGUUUUUUAUCGACUGGUCGAGACACAAGGUUUCUCCUGCCUUGCUUUUUGACUGGUGCAGACAAUAUUAUUCAUAACAACUGUAAUACUUGUCGGAUUGUGCUCAAUUUUGGAAUUUAAAUAGCUAAUAGAAAUGUUUAUAAGUACGUAAAAAAUUAUUUUCCUCUCUUUCAAAUACUUUCAACAAUGUAUAUUGUUUUAGACUCGCUCAGGCAAGACGAAGAAGACAGCUCCCCCACAACCGUGCGUUGCUAAAUGUGAUCCGAAUGCUGGUGAUCACGUCCGCCGAUGGUUCAACCGUGCUCUAGAGAAGGGCGUGGCCGGCUUACGUGAAGAGUUUGGUCAAAUGAGACGUUACUGUCCGGCGAACAUGACUGUCCACAACUUCACGAUCAAUUGGGAGCUGGGUCGGAAUCGCUACAAGGACGUGCCGUGCCAGGACAAAGAUCGAGUCAUAUUGAAGUGGCCGGGCUAUGAUUAUGAUUACAUUCAUGCAAACUAUGUUCCUACGCCCAAAUCGCCCAAACGGUAUAUUUGUACCCAGGUAGGUUGAGAAGGAGACCUUUUUUGGGCGAGGGGAGGAGAUAUUCAAAAUGAAAUUUUUUACUUCAAUUUACAGGGGUUAAAAGUUGAUUUUAUUCUUUAGAAAGAUAAAAUCUUAUAUUCUUAAACCUUGUCAACAUUACAGGGCCCUCUCGAAGCGACGGCGGUCGACUUCUGGCACAUGGUACUGCAAGAAGAGACCCAAGCCAUCAUAAUGUUGUGCAAUUGUAUCGAGAAGAACAUGGACAAAUGCUACCAGUAUUGGCCGCAAAAACCCGGUGAUUCACUAAAGUUUGGUGAUGUUACUGUCAUCUCGGAGAAAGCGACACAAGUCCCGGUUGUAGACAACAUUGUCCAAACCAACAUCAAGAUAAAAGCGACGCCGAAACGAGGAAACCCGAUUGAGAAAGCGAUUUGGCACUUUCAAUGGAUCAACUGGCCGGAUCGCGGCGUUCCGCCGUGCAAUCAUUCCGUGAUCCACCUUCUGAACAUGGUCAGACAAUGUGACACGUCCACCGUUGUGCACUGCUCGGCAGGUAUAGGAAGGACAGGCACGAUUGUCUCCAUUGGCUACAUGAUGGAACGCUUCCAGAAUGCUCAGACUUGUGAAGAUAUGCCUGUCAUUUUCAAAGAAAUCAGAAAUUGUCGACCAUAUUCGAUCCAAAAUGAUAUUGUAAGGCGUUUUUAUGAUAUAAGACUAUUUUAAAAAAGAGGGGGAAGGGGAGAGUGGUAGAAAAUUUUUAGAAAAAAAAAUUAUUUUGCUUAAUUGAGCUUAAAGGAUGUAAAAGGAGCUAAAAUAUUGGCAUUUUUAAGACAAACAUUGAAAAUCAGGGUUUUCGUGGCGGGCUCAAAUUAAACUAAUUUUUUUGGAAAUUGAAUUAUUAAAAGUCCCUGUUUUGUGAUUUUAUAAAAUACUUUUGUUGUUUCAGCAAUACCUAUUCAUUCACCGAGUAAUCAUGUUCUACUUUGCCGAGCGCUAUCGAACAUACGAUAAGUCGGACCCGCGCUACAUCAAAUUUGUCGAAGACUACAAUCAAGCGAUCAUGUAA